CUGUUGGAACUGUUAACAGGCGGAAGGUAACGGGACUUUUCUGGAGAACAGUUUCAGAUUAUUGCGCAAAAAAAAAAGAUCAGCAUAAAAGGACAUGUCAUCACCCUAAGAGACAUACUUCUGCUUUCUCUCCUCACUCUUUCGUUAUGAGAAAGAAAAUCAUUACACUUUGUCUUGGCAGAGGCCAGCCGACGCAGAGGUUUGAGGCUUUAAAUUCCAAGGCCAAAUCUAAGAUUUAAAUGUACUUCCAGACAUUGACCAACCUGGAGCUACAGAAGAUGCUUGUGCCCAAUCAAGGAGGGUCUUGUUGGACAGAGCGCUGUGCCUUGUCCUGUUGGAUGAAGCAAAACAUCAACAAGAAGGAAUGUGCCCUUUUCCAGAAGGGUCCCAGUGAGGAAAUAUGUAAGUGUGGUUACUCCAAGGAGGCUCAUAACGUUGAAGCCAUCAAGCCUGAGGACUUUGUGGGGGAAACAUGGAACAAACACAGACAUGUCCUGGAUGUUCCCACCAAUGCAUUUGGAGAAAUACAGUUUGAUGGUUUGCAACAAACAACUGCCAAGUAUGCCAGAGUGUCUUCAGAAACCAGCCCCGAGGUUUUGUAUGACCUGCUGACUGAACAAUGGCACCUUUUGCCUCCCAACCUGCUCAUCUCAGUGACUGGAGGAGCCAAAAACUUUAACCUGAAGCCUCACCUUAGGAACAUGUUUCACAGAGGACUCAUCAAAGUGGCCCAGACCACAGGUGCCUGGAUUAUCACUGGUGGUACCAAUGCGGGUGUCAUGAAGCACGUGGGACAGGCGGUGAGGGAUUAUUCUCUGAGCAACUCCAUACAGGGGCAAAUUGUAGCCAUUGGAGUGGCAACAUGGGGGGUCAUCCACAACAGGGAAGCUUUGAUCAAUGAAGAAGGUUGUUUUCCUGCCCUUUAUAUGACAGACAAAACAAGUCAGGGCAGAUUGUCUUGUCUUGAUAAAAACCACACGCAUUUCCUUCUGGUGGACGAUGGGACUCAUGGACACUAUGGUGUGGAGAUUGAGCUGCGCACUUGUCUGGAGAAAUGUAUUUCUGGGAAACAACUUGGAAAAAAAGACAGCAGCGUGACCAUCCCAGUCGUAUGUGUGGUUUUGGAGGGAGGACCAGGCACCCUGAAUACUAUCUUUAAUGCAAUGAAGAACGGCACACCGUGUGUGAUCUUCGAGGGCACCGGAAGGAUAGCAGACGUGAUCGCUCAAGUGUCAGGACUGCCUCUUCAGCAGAUCACAAUCACUCUCAUCCAUCAGCUGAUGGAGAAGUUUUUUGGACAAGAGUAUAAAAAGUUCACUGAAUUGAGUGUCAUUGAAUGGACCAAAAAGAUCCAGGACAUUGUUAGGAUGUCCCACUUGCUGACAAUAUUCAGAGUGACAGAAGACAGUCAUGGAGAUGUGGAUGUUGCCAUUCUUAAAGCAUUAUUGAAAGCCUCUCGGAGCAGUGAAACACUCACAUUGGAUUGCUGGAAAACCCAACUGGAACUGGCUGUUGCCUGGAACCGAGUGGACAUAGCCAAGACCGAGAUCUUCACUGAAGACAGCCUGUGGAGUUCUGCUGACCUCCACCAGGCCAUGUUCUCUGCCCUAGUUGGCAACAAGCCUCAGUUUGUGACCCUGCUGCUGGAAAACGGCAUGAGUCUCAGGAAGUUCCUGCAGAACGAGGAAACUCUGUGUAAUCUCUACAGAGAGAUGCCCAGCUGCAUCUUUCUGCGCAAGUUAGCCAAGCGGGUCCACAGCAAGGCUGACCUGGUGGACUCCAACAACAUCACGCUAACUCACGUCUCUGAUGAGGUGCGCCAUCUGUUGGGCAAUGCCACACGACACAUCUAUCCUCCAUAUGUGGAGCAGCGCUACUGCAUGUCAGCAGAAGACCUGUCUUUGUCACUUUCUAAAAACAAUGGAGCUCCCCGCCCUGCAGGUGAAGUUGCACAGAGGGACGCCUCCAGUGACGUUUUCCUCUGGGCUGUGCUGCAGAACAACAGGGAUCUGGCUGAAAUAGCCUGGGAGCAGUGUCAGGACUCCAUUUGUGCCGCACUGGCCGCCACUCGGAUCCUAAAGAAAUUGGCAGGAGGAGAAAGUGAUGCUGAAGAGGCGGAGGAAAUGCUCAACCAGGCCAGUCAUUACGAAGAACACGCAAUUGGUGUUUUCAGUGAGUGCUACAACACUGAUGAGGAGCGCGCUCUGAAGCUGCUGGUGCACGUCUCCAACUUUUGGGGAGGAACAACAUCCCUGUGGCUGGCCCUGAAAGCUGAAGAUAAACGUUUUGUUGCUCUGUCAGGUGUUCAGGCCUUCAUGACUCGAGUCUGGUGUGGGGAACUUUCAGUGGAUAAUCACAUAUUGAGAGUGCUCAUUUGCAUGCUUUUCUUCCCUCUCAUCUACACCGGCUUUUUGGCUUUUAGACAUGAUGAGCUCUUUCAAAAAGAAGCUAAGAAACAAGAGGCCAUGAAGAAGGUGAAGAGGGUGACAGGAAACACGCAUGGGGCACAGUCUUUGGGCAGCGCCCCCGACAAACCUUUGAGCUGCUGGGACCGACUGGUGAGCUUGUACGGCUCUCCACAGGUUAAGUUUUACUGGAACAUCGUCUCCUACUUUUUCUUCCUCAACCUGUUUGCGGGGGUGCUGAUGAUGGACUUCCACGCAACGCCUUCUGUCCCAGAGCUCCUUCUCUACGUCUGGGUGUUCUCUCUGGUGUGUGAGGAGUUCAGACAGCUAUUCUGUAAUUCUGAUGGAUUUGGGUUUAAAAUCAAAGCCAAACUGUACAUCACUGACCUGUGGAAUAUUUUGGAUGUCCUGUCCAUUCUCCUGUUCCUUCUUGGCCUGGCAUUCAGGUUGACGUCUGAGCUUUUCUAUGCAGGAAAAAUCGUGCUGUGCAUUGACUUUGUGGUCUUCUGCCUGCGUCUCAUGGCCAUCUUUACCAUUAGUCAAACCCUUGGACCAAAAAUCAUCAUAGUCAGACGGAUGAUGAAGGAUUUGUUCUUCUUCAUGUUUCUUCUGAGCAUCUGGGUGGUGGCCUAUGGAGUGGCCAAACAAGGCAUUCUCAUCCACAACGACACCCGGCUGGACUGGAUUUUCCGUGGAGCAAUUUAUGAGCCGUACCUCAUCAUUUUUGGGAAUUUUCCUGAAAAUUUAGCUGAGGCGAAAUUUUCUUUGGACUCGUGCAGCAUGAACGGCACAGACCCUCUGAAGCCCAAGUGCCCCAUUCUGAAUGAAAACCACGCUCCAGUCUUCCCCGAGUGGCUCACCAUCACCAUGCUCUGUGUUUACUUGCUGUUUGCCAACAUAUUAUUGCUUAAUCUACUCAUAGCAAUCUUCAACUUCACCUUCCAGGAAGUCCAGGACAACACAGACAGGAUCUGGAAAUUUCAAAGAUACGAGUUGAUUAAGGAAUAUCACAGUCGUCCAGCUGCCCCGCCUCCUUUCAUCAUCUUCAGUCACCUCUCCCUCCUGAUCAGGAGCAUUUGGCUGUGUAAAUCUCAUUGUAAAAGCAAAGACCUCAAGGAUCAGACUGAGGCCAUGGAGCUACUGUCCUGGGAGGCUUUAAUGAAGGACAGAUACCUGCUGUCUGUGAAGCAGGAGACGAGUAGAAGCACAGACAGACUCAUCCUGGACACGGCUCAAAAGGUAACCUCCAUCUCUGAGAGGCUGGAGAGGGAAGAGGAAAGUGUGUCUGCUGUCGUGCUGAAGAGACUGACCAGACUAGAAGAGCAGGUUAACCAAUCAGCCAUAAUGCUCCAGUGGAUCAUGGAUAGCCUCAAAUCUACCGCAAAAGAAGAAAAACCAGACACCUCUAAUGCAGCAGAUGAAUCAUCCAGCUGUUUAAGGAAUGAAUCAGCAAGCAAAGACAAGUUCCACGUAAACUGCCGGCAGUACUAUUACCCCAGCAGUAAAGUUACACGCUUUCCUGUUCCUGACGAGAAAGUACCAUGGCAGGUCAGCUUCAGCUCAUACCAGCCUUCCUGUUAUACUUCUGAAGAUGGAAAUGACUGCAUAGAUGGACAAGACGGUGCUGAUAAAUUCCGAAACCCAGGAGGGAGGACAGGCGUCAGAGGACGCGGUGCUCUCAGCCACUUCGGUCCAAACCUGCACUUAGACCUGGUGCUGACUCGGUGGAAAGACGGUGAGAGGUCGGCCUUGGAGUACCUGGCGAUCUGUGACAGCAGUCAAAGUAUCUUUACUUUGCCCUCAGGACCUGUGGACUGUGAUGAUCACCUGCCAGAGAAUUUGAAGACAACUCUGGGAAACGAGUUAUAUAGAACAAUAAAUGCAAAAGUAUCAGAGGGAAAAAAGUUGCCCAAAUGUUACGUGGAUGACAGCAGGAACACAGAUAAUGCCUGGGUGGAAACCACCGUUUUGAACAUUCAUCUGGACAGAACAAGCCAGGUGAUGGUGGACAUCAACCCCCAGGUGAGACACUCUCCGCAGUGGGAGGAGCUAAGCAGCAAAAACAGACUUCCCCCAGACCAAAGAGAGUCCCUGCAAAUGGUUGCAGAGUUGCAUAACAGGAAGCUGUGACCUUCCCUUCACAUGUGCCUCUCUCUCCCUGUGGCCUUUCUGUAGAGCUUCUGCACAUGCAUUUAUUUGCACUAAAAACUAUUAAAGCCAUCAUUUGCACAAGUGUUUGUAAGAUGUGCAAAAAUCUCAGUUUGCAUAAGACUUUGCCUUAUACUGUAUUACAGUGAAAUUCACAGGAAGGUUAGGAUGCAGUUGGAUAUCGAUUCUUUAUAUAUGGGAAUACUCAUAACAAUUCCAUCAAGCUCAGUGACAAGAGUUUAUUUUUAGUUUAGAAUUUUAUUACAACUGUGCAUCAACAACAAAAAAGGGAAAAACCCUUGACUAUAUAUUAACUGCAUGCAAAAAUUGCUUUUCCCAAUGGAAUCAUUUAUUUUUACUUUGUUUGGAUAUGAAUAAAGCAGUAAAACUUUUGUUCAACUA